UGUUGUUUCUGCCGCGGCUCUCUUCCUCGCGUCUGAUUGGCUGUAACUGCGGAGGAGGGCGUGGCUCUCGGAUGCUUCAUCUAUUGUUCAGUUUAGAGUCAAACAUCAGGCAAACCUAAACAAAAAAAUCCCAGCUUCCUGAGACCCUUUCACUUAUUUUGAACACCGUUUCAUUUCUCUUUUGAACUUUCUAUUUGAGGAUCGUCUCUCUCUGCAGUUUUGGUUUCUCCUCGCUUCCACCUGUGGCCGCGUUGAUGAGUGAACACAAAGAGUCUGGAUGAAUUCGGACUAAAGUUUUCUUCCCAUAGAAGAGGAGCCAGAAUAAAGGCAGAGCCGGCCGCAAAGGGUCUCCGCCGCGCUCCCGUGCGUGCGCUCCUUUGUGCCAUCAUGCGCUCGUGGCCCCACGCGGAGUAGGAUCCUCACGUUAUGAGCCGCCAUGGCAUGGUGUGACCGCGGGGUUCAGACUGUGCUGGCUGUCGCGGGAGCCUUCACCGCCUUCGGCCUCAUGACCAUCGCCAUCGGCACCGACUACUGGCUGUAUUCCCGGGCGUACAUCUGUAACGCCACCAACGUGACCACCGACGACGGCCAAAUGCAGACCAGGAAAGUCAAAGGCGACCUGACGCACUCCGGGCUGUGGAGGAUUUGUUGUAUUGAAGGCAUCAACAAAGGAAGCUGUUUCCGGAUCAAUCAUUUUCCUGAAGAUAACGACUACGAUACAGACAGCUCGGAGUACAUCUUACGUGUAGUUCGUGCCUCUAGUCUAUUCCCAAUUCUCAGCAAUGUUCUUCUGAUGCUGGGCGGCCUGUGUGUUGGGGUUGGACGAAUCUACAGCAGAAAGAACAACAUCCUGCUCAGCGCAGGCAUCUUGUUUGUGGCUGCAGGCCUAAGCAACAUCAUUGGUAUCAUCGUUUACAUCUCCAGUAAUGCUGGAGAUCCCAGUGACAAGAAAGAGGAGGACAAGAAGAACCAAUACAACUACGGCUGGUCCUUCUACUUUGGGGCUCUCUCUUUCAUUGUGGCUGAAUCCGUGGGUGUUCUUGCAGUCAACAUAUACAUUGAAAAAAACAAAGAGGUGCACUUUCGAGCCAACCAUGACUUCAUCAAAGGCACCUCCUCAUCCUCUCCAUACUCUCGUAUACCGAGUUUCCGCUACAGACGGAGGCGCUCUCGCUCCAGCUCCAGAUCAACCAACCCAUCCCGCGAGCCCUCCCCUUUGGGAAUGAAGAUCAGUGGAGGAUCUGGUGCUGGGGGGUUGGGGAUGGGUCUACCAAUGGGAGACAUAUCCCUGUACACCCUAAACAGGGAACCUUUGAAGGGUGGAAGUGGGCCUUACAGCCCCGAGAGAGACUCUGGUUUUUUACAAGUCCACAACUGCUUCCAGAAGGACAUGAAAGAUGGAGCGAACCGGAGGACCACGCCGGUUUGAGGUAAAAACAGUAUGGCAGUGCUAAGUAACAGCUCAAUGGAGCCCAAGCAGUUUUUUCAUAGGGGUCGGUAAGGGAGUUUCAUUGCUUUUGAAAGUUCAGAUUGAGCUCAGAUUGGCCUCUUUCCCUGACAGAAUCCCUCUUGUUUUAAGUUAAUAUAAAAGUAGAUAUUAACUGAGCAUUUCCUGUCAAGACUUAUUAUCUUUUCGAACCGUUGCAGGUACUGUACAUGUAGCAAUAUUUGAAGCUGGAGUUUAAAGUAGAGAGCAGAGGGGUUUUGCUGCUGCAGAGAGCCACAUGAAAUCUGAGCUUGUGGGUUUUACUUUGCAGCAGUUCUUCUUUGAUGCUGCUGCUUACAGCAGAAACUUCUCUGGGCUUUCCAUUCACGGGGAUACAAACUGACAGAACCAACAGAGAUCUUUGAAUAUUGUGUUGUUGGUUGUGACGUGGUGUUUCAGAAAUGAAUUUGGAUGUUUGUUUCCAGGUAUCCUAAAACAAAGUGUUUUGUGACUGUUUGUCUUAAAUGCCUUGUUGUGCUGUAUUUGUUUGUAACCUUAACAGAAAUGGUGCUUCCUUCUUCUGUACACUCCGGAUGGUCCUCAGCCCCGUUCAUUCCAAUGGAAAGAUCUCUAUUGGUACAUAAAAUAUUCUUUGAAUUGUGCUUGACUGAUGUGAUAAGUGUUAUGUGUGAAAUUUUGCCAUGUCCAGAAUCCAGCAGACUGUGGAUGUUUGUAGAUUUGUAAAACGAAUACCAUACCCCCCAUUCAGUGAGGCCAUCUCAGUGUUUUGUGUCAGUGUGAGCUCUGCAAAGACAGUCCUUGUAGUUUGCUCUCCAUUCGCUCCGGGAUGCUGAACGGAACAGGUCAGUUCCUAACUUGAGCCGGACAGACUGUUAGAGCUGGCGGUGUAAAAAGCGGUCAUGCUCUCAGUGUUUGUGAUCAUCUGAGCUUUUUCCAAGAAUUUUAGCUCUCACUGCCUUUGUGUUCAGAUCAUUUGCUCUGCUGCAAAUUCUGCUGCUUGAGAAAGAGGAAACCCCGGUGGAUUCAUGUUUACAGUAUUUCUGUCUUAUCGCUUUUUAGCAACAAGAAAUGUAAGAAGCUUUAAAUAUUUUUUAAGCAAUUAACAAAUUCUCAAUAAACAAUUUUGUGUCAGGAUAAA